CUCUCUCUCCUCCCUGAAACUAUCUUCUCUCUCUUAAACAACAAGGAACGUAGACAAGUCUCUUUCUCCCUUUCCCUUGCAUUCUCUCUCUCUCUCUCUCUCUCUCUCUCUGAAAGCAGCUUCUCUCUCACUAGUCAUCCCCCCUUCAAAGCGUUAAACGGAAUUUUAAAUACUCCAAUCCAACAACCUUCUCCCCCUUUCGUCCUCCCCACCAUGUGACCUCUGACACAUUCUCUCUCUCUCUCUCCCUCCCCCCCCUUCUCUCUCUAACCCCUUCUUCUACUUAGUCUCUCUCUCGACCAAUGGCGUCGUCCUCGUCACGUGCGCGGAGCAGCUCGCCGUUCAACAGCUACCGCAAGCCCUCGAGUCCUUUCUCCUCCUCUUCCUCCUCGUCCUCGUUCAUGAACGGGAGGCUCAUGCCGAAGUCGUGCUCCUCUUCCGCGGCCUCGUUUUACGGCUCCGGGAGCAACGGGUACGGGUCCAGAUCCAUGACCCCGAGCCGGAACCGGAGCGACUCGACGAAGGGGUGCGGCGGGCGCUGCUCGCCGGUCGGGUUCGCCUCGGCGGACGAGCUACUUCUCGGAGAGCCGCUCGAUGCGCCGAGAUCGGCCGGUGGGGAUAGCAUUUCGGUCACGAUUCGGUUUCGGCCGUUGAGUGAACGGGAAUAUCAGAGGGGGGACGAGAUUGCGUGGUACGCGGACGGAGAUAAAAUUGUUCGCAAUGAGUUCAAUCUGGCUACAGCUUAUGCAUUUGAUAAAGUUUUUGGACAGUCUACGAUGUCCCAUGAAGUAUAUGACGUAGCUGCUCGACCAGUAGUUAAGGCAGCAAUGGAAGGUGUAAAUGGGACUGUCUUUGCCUAUGGCGUUACAAGUAGUGGCAAGACGCACACGAUGCAUGGAGAUCAAAAUGCUCCGGGUAUUAUACCAUUGGCCAUAAAGGAUGUAUUCAGCAUUAUUCAAGAUACUCCAGGAAGAGAGUUCUUACUUCGAGUGUCAUAUCUUGAAAUCUACAAUGAGGUGAUAAAUGACUUGCUUGAUCCAACUGGUCAAAAUUUGCGUGUCAGAGAAGAUGCUCAGGGUACUUAUGUCGAGGGAAUAAAGGAAGAAGUUGUUUUGUCACCUGGGCAUGCACUUUCUUUCAUUGCUGCUGGGGAAGAACAUCGGCAUGUUGGUUCGAAUAACUAUAAUUUAUUCAGUAGCCGCAGUCAUACUAUAUUCACACUGAUGAUUGAAAGUAGUGCCCACGGUGAUGAAUACGAUGGAGUGGUCUUCUCUCAACUUAAUCUGAUUGAUCUAGCUGGAUCUGAGAGUUCAAAAACUGAAACAUCUGGAUUAAGGAGAAAGGAAGGAGCGUACAUAAACAAAAGUCUUCUAACUCUUGGAACUGUAAUUGGAAAACUAAGUGAGGGGAAAGCAUCUCAUGUUCCAUAUCGAGAUUCCAAGCUUACCCGCCUACUUCAAUCUUCGCUCAGUGGCCAUGGACAUGUUUCGCUUAUAUGCACAGUCACUCCCGCAUCUAGUAAUAUGGAGGAAACUCAUAAUACGUUAAAGUUUGCUAGCAGGGCGAAGCGUGUUGAGAUCUAUGCCUCGCGUAAUAAGAUUAUUGAUGAAAAAUCUUUGAUUAAAAAGUAUCAAAAAGAAAUAUCAACCCUCAAACAAGAACUUGAUCAGCUAAAGAAGGGGAUGCUUGUUGCUGUCAAUCCUGAGGAGCUUAUGACUUUAAGACAAAAGUUGGAAGAAGGCCAAGUGAAAAUGCAGUCAAGAUUGGAGGAAGAGGAGGAAGCAAAGGCUGCUCUAAUGAGUAGAAUCCAAAGGCUAACCAAGCUCAUACUUGUUUCUACAAAGAAUACAAUUCCUGGUUUGAAUGAGGUUCCUGGUCAUCAGCAGUGUGAUUCUGUCGGUGAGGAUGAUAAACUGCAUGUUCUGCGCGAUGGUUCUUUGCUCGAUGAGGAUGAGAAUCAUAAAGACUCCCCAUCUUCUGCUUUGAUAGUUCCAUCAGAUCAUUCCAGUGAAUUUAGACACAGAAGAUCUUCCAGCAAGUGGAACGAUGAGCUGUCACCUGCUGGCAGUACCAUUACUGAAUCAACUCAGGGUAGGAUGACAAUGUCAGAUCAAAUGGACCUCUUAGUUGAGCAAGUGAAGAUGCUGGCUGGUGAGAUUGCAUUCAGCACAAGUAACUUGAAGCGUUUGGUAGAACAAUCUGUCAAUGAUCCUGGUAGUUCAAAAACUCAAAUUCAGAACUUAGAAAGUGAAAUCCAAGAAAAGAGGAGACAAAUGAGUGUUUUGGAACAACGUAUUAUUGAGAGUGGCGAGGCUUCAGUUGCUAAUGCUUCGUUGGUUGACAUGCAACAGACAGUGAUGAAACUGAUGACCCAGUGUAAUGAAAAAGGUUUUGAGCUAGAGAUAAAAUCUGCAGAUAAUCGUGUCCUCCAAGAGCAGCUGCAGAACAAGUGUGCAGAAAAUAAGGAAUUGCAGGAGAAAAUAUAUAUCCUACAACAGCAGUUGGCUUCAACCAGCAGUGAUCAAUCGUCACUCUCUGGACAGUACACAUCCGAAGAAUAUGUCGAGGAGUUGAGAAGGAAGAUUCAGUCUCAGGAGAUUGAGAAUGAGAAACUGAAGUUAGAACAUGUACAGUUUGUAGAGGAGAACAGCGGAUUGCGUGUUCAGAACCAAAAAUUGUCUGAAGAAGCUUCUUACGCAAAGGAACUUGCCUCUGCUGCCGCUGUUGAGUUGAAGAAUUUGGCGGGUGAAGUCACUAAACUUUCACUACAGAAUGCAAAACUGGAGAAAGAACUAUUGACUGCACGAGAAUUGGCGCUUGCUAGAGGGGCUGGUUCACAAACUGCUAAUGGUGUUAACCGGAAGUAUAAUGACAGCUCAAGACAAGGGAGAAAAGGUCGGAUUUCUGGCAGAGGUAAUGAAGUUUCGGGAAUGGGUUAUGAUGACUUUGACUCAUGGGAUCUUAACACAGAUGAUUUAAGGAUGGAGUUGCAAGCAAGGAAACAAAGGGAGGCUGCACUUGAGGCUGCCUUGGCUGAGAAGGAAUAUGUCGAAGAUGAAUACAGGAAAAAGGUUGAAGAAGCAAAGAAAAGGGAGGCUGCUUUGGAAAAUGAUUUGGCUAACAUGUGGGUGCUCGUUGCACAAUUGAAAAAUGAGGGGGGAGCUAUUGCUGAGUUAAACGAGAGGAAUAUUAAUGAUAGAAUAACUCAUGUGGUUGAUGCUAAAAUUGAAGAUGUUGACUGCAAGGAUUCACUCCUCAAAGAAAGACAAGUUUCAGAUGUUAUAAAACCAGCUCAGGAUGCGUCCAAGGAAGAAUCCCUUGUUGUUCGUUUGAAGGCUCGAAUGCAAGAGAUGAAGGAAAAAGAAGCCAAACUUUUGGCCAAUGGCGAUGCGAAUUCUCAUGUAUGUAAAGUAUGUUUCGAAUCGCCAACUACCGCAAUGCUUCUCCCUUGCCGGCAUUUUUCUUUGUGUCAAUCUUGUUCACUUGCUUGUUCUGAGUGUCCUAUUUGUCGAACAAAGAUAGCGGACAGGAUUUUUGCUUUCACUUCUUGAUCGUGUGUUUUAUCUACCUGAAUCCUGGUCAGGGCCUUAUCAUCAUUCAACCUGUUACAAGUUUUCCGUGGAAUAGCAGGUUCCAUUCUUUCAUUAGUUAGCCUGUAUGUACUUGUUGAAAAAAGGUGUGGUUGUCUCUGUAGCUUUCCCAAGAGGUUGUAAAAAUAACAGGGGGAAAUGGACAGAUCUCAAACUAAAAAAGAAAAGCAAAGAAAAUGCGAAGAAUGUAAACUGUAUAAGCAUAUCUGGAACUUCCAAUUCGACGUGCUACUGCUUCAUUCCUCAAAUUUCCAGCAGUGUGGAUAAUUCAUCAUUCAAACGUUCAUUGCAAUGUAUAGAGAAGUGUACGGUCCGACAAAAAGUAAGGAAAAAAAAGGUUUUCCCCUCUUUGUGCAA